GAUGGGACUUCUAGGCAGAAAGAGAUCGGCCCCAGGCAGAGUCCAUCCAGCUGGCUGGUGGGAAAGAAACAGCUGCCUGCAGAUCCCUGUCACAGAGAAGAGAUUAGCUGGAGUGAAAACAUUUCCCUGGAGCCACAGCAAUGGAGCCAAUUCUUCUCCUCCUGCUCCUCAGCCUGGGCUGGACUUGCAGCGGCCGGCUGACGGUGCUGCCCCAGGAGCCGCUCGUCCAGAUUGGAGGUACCAUUCAGUUGAACUGCUCCUUGGACUGUCCGGAUGGGAAGCCCCAGUGGAAAGGGCUGGACACCAACCUGGGGAACAUCAUCUCCACCCCCACCUAUAGCCUCCUGCUCAUCACCAAUGCCGCUGUAGCCAUGGAGGGCACGAAGGUCUGCGUGGGGAACUGCCAAGGGAAGUCCCACCAGGAGACGACCAGCCUGCAAGUGUACUCUCUUCCAGACACCUUGCAGCUGGAAACCCAGCCAAAGGAGCUGGUGGCUGGUCAGCCAGCCCAUCUCCACUGCUCUAUUGGCAAGGUGUACCCACCUGGCUCCUUGACCCUGAGCUGGUAUCGGGGGGACCAGAGACUGGAGAGCCCAGACCCUGAAGAAGCGGCUGAUGACGAGGAGCUGUUCAGUUAUGACUCUGAGCUGGAGGUCCCAGGGGAGAAGGUGACGGAGGGCCUGGAGUUCAGGUGUGAGGUGGAGCUGCUGCUGCCCUCAGACAGGAGUUUCCACCGGGCCACAGCGGUGACUGUGAGCACAAAAGCUGUAGCAGAGCAGCCCACAACUGGGUCAGUCACUGGCCGAGAGAAUCCCAGAACUGAGUCUCCGGCUACUACAGAGAAGCCCCCUGCUACUGACUGCAGCCCCACAACUGGGCUUGGGGCUACUACAGAGAGCCCCACCGCAGAACUGACUUCUGCAGAGAGCCCCACCACAGAGUUCAUUGCCACAUCUCACAAGCCCAGUGCCAAAGCCACCUCUGUCCCCUGGCUGGUGACCACAGAGACCCUCGCCACCGAGUCCAGGGCUGCCUCACAGCACCCCAGUGCAGGCACAGCCACAACUGACUGGAGCCCCAGCAGCGGCUUGAGUUCUGCUACAGAGAACCCCACCACAGGGGACGUGGCUUGCACAGAGAACCCCACCACAGGGGACGUGGCUUGCACAGAGAACCCCACCACAGGGGACGUGGCUCGCACAGACAACCCCACCACAGGGGACGUGGCUCGCACAGAGAACCCUCUCACCAAGAAAGCCACUAGUGUCCAGAUCCCCAGAACAGAGUCUGUCUGCAACCUGCAGAUCAGGCCUGUCCCUUCUAAAGGGACCACCGGGGAAGCCCUGAAGAUCAUAUGCGAGGCAGAGUGCGGUGAGGAUAUUACCAUCAGGUGGCUGAAAACCCCUGUGGAGCUCUCUCAGUACCAGGAGGAGGCGUCCAAGGGCAAAUCCAUCCUGACAGUUGACCGUGUAGAUCUCGACCACCAAGGGAUCUAUGAGUGCGUCCUGCUGAGCAGGAGACUCCAGGUGGCAAGCCUCCACAUCGCUGUGUCUGCUGCUACCUUCAGCACCGACUCGGCCAUCGCGGUCGGGACGGCAAGCUCCCUCCUGGGCCUGAUCGUCACAGCGUUUGCGUCACAUCGCCUGUGGCGACGACUCCACCCACCGGGCGUGACGAGCCCUAAGGGGAACAGCGUUUAGGUGCCUGUGGCUCCGUCGGGACUUGUUUUGAACAUUCAUCCUCUUUCCACUGACGAGCUUGCCCGUUGUUAUGGAAAGCUUGGUAUCAGAGCCAGCCGGGCCCCCUGGACUGCACCUGGCCAGAGAAGGGAGUGGAGGAGCUGCCUGAUGCUUGGGCUGCUGCUGGGAGAGCUGGGUAAAUGGCCAAGCUGGAAGCUGCCCAGCAGAGCUGAGCAGACCUUUGGGGUGACCAGUCUCUUUCC